UGCUGCUGAGAUUUAACACAAAGUGUUGGUAAACAAGGGUAUUAUAGUACGGGGACUGGAUAGGGUCGUAUCGAGAGAAAACUUCAAGAAUUCCUUUAUUUUACCGUUACGGAUUAUUUAUCGCCGGGAGAAGAAACAAAAUGGACGUCGGAUUCUUUAGAACUUGUGGCGAUAACGUCAGAACAAAGGACGGCGAGAAAAGCGCUACCUGGAGCCACACUUACUCUGGAGGGAUACUCUUCAGCAAACACUGCUUACGUUACGGGGAGACGGUAAACGUGGAAAUUACCGGAAAUGGUCACGCCGCCAUUGGAUUUACCCAGCAUGACCCGCGGCAUAUCAGUUGCAUAAAGGACGCAGUUUUGGCCAAUAAAAUCAAACUUUUGACAAAUGUGCGCACGCUACAAAGAGCUGGUACGAUAAAGCUUCGUGCGUACGAAGAUCACGUGUGCAUCACGUGUAAUGGAUGUUCUGUAGAAAAUGACCGAGACUCCAGUCAACCCGUCUGGCUUGUUAUCAACCUCAAAUUUGGAAACGUUCAGGCAAAUAUGUUCACGAGGGAAAACCACCCGAUUCAAUUCCAUCAAGUGACCGGAGAAAAUAUCGAUCUGAUGGACAAAGAAUGCAGAUCGGCUCGAUUAAAAGUGGAAAACCCUGCGUCUGUUUGCUGUCUCGCGCGCAGGAUCUAUCCUGGUCAAGGACUAAUGCUCAAAGUCAAACCACUGCAAGAACGAGGCCGGGUUCCGAGCAGAUUUCACCUCACACUAGGAAUGUCUACAUUAAAACCCGAGGAACUCCGAGUUGGUGAUCCAGAGUCAUUUACCGUGUGUGAAAAAGUAAAGAAACCAAAACGAUGGCGGCAUAUGAAGCGUUUCGAAGAUGAGAUCGUAGACGGACAGCGACGUAACAGGUGCACUGGCUACCUCCAGGUCAUGGUGACCCCUGAGGGUGAGGUCAAGUACGCACAUUCCUCGGACGUGUACGGUCACGUGACAAUUCCAACGAACAAACUUGAGUUCGGAGUGUUAAUCGUAUUUGAACUAUUUCGGGUGACAUUAGAUAUCACGAAAACAUUUGACCUUCAAAUUUACGACUACGCUGAUAUCAACUUUGGACAGUUCGAUAAACGCAAAGCAAGCCUCAGACAAUCCGCGCAUGUGCAUAAACACGAUUCCGGUUACGUGGAAUUUCAGCCUAAAUACAGAGAACUUGUUACAAAAGUGCCAUCAAAUGCUUUAUGAGACCAGAGUUGUUGCACCAAUAUGUAUAUAUGUGAUUAGGAUUUGUCCAAUAUCUGCCUGACCUAUAUUCGUUUGUCCAUUAUCUGCCUGACCUAUAUUCGUUUGUCCAAUAUCUGCCUGACCUAUAUUCGUUUGUCCCAUAUCUGCCUGACCUAUAUUCGUUUGUCCCAUAUCCGUCUGACCAGUAUUUGUUCGGUCUAUAGGCCUAUAUGUGCACCGUAUAUUUGUCCGACCUAUAUUUGUUUUACCCAUCUUUUCUUUUCUUUAAAUGUUGGCUUGUAUUUCUUAACUUUCAGUUGGCCGAUUUACAUUUGUUUGAGCCACAUUGUCUAACUUUUAUUUGUUUUACCAAAUUGUGUAGCCAGUAUUGGCUUGACCUAGAUUGAUCUGGCUUGUAUCUGUGUGACCUAUAUUUGUUUGACCUAAUUGUGUAGCAAGAAUUGGUUUGACCAAAAUUUAUCUGGCCUAUAUCUAUGUGACAUAUAUUUGACUGACCUAUAUGUGUUGUACCCUAUAUUGUAAAUAUCUGUCUGACAUUAUAUUUGUUUAACUCAGAAUUACCUACCUAUACUGAUUUUGCGUUGCUGUUCAGUUUCUGAAGGCAACAUGUAAAUAUUUACAUAAUGUUUGUUUACCUAAGAUAUGUAAUGUAUUUGUUUAUGUCGUGUUUAUGGAAGUAAUCACGGAUAUGUUUGGACUUUACAACAUGACGUGUCUGUGACUAAAACGGGAAAUAAAAUAUAAAAACUGA